UGCGCACAGUGUAGGAAGCUGCUGGGAGCUGUUGGACAAAUUGAAAUUUUUUGAGGAUUUUUUUAAAAUAUUUCCCAUAAAGUUCGUUAUUUCUAGUAUGAAGCAGCUCUUUUGCAUAUUAUCCAAGUAAGCAUUUUCUUUUCCGAUGAUCAAUUCACUUUAGUGUUUUAUAUAACAUACCGUACCGUUGGGCAAAAUUUACUGUAUCCAAAUCUUUACACCCCAAAUUAACCCACCAUGAUGACCGAAUCCGAACAGUCCGAGAUGCAGGAGCAACAGUUCCGGGAAAUGUUUGAAAUGUUCGAUCGCGACGGUAGCGGUUCGAUUUCGACGACCGAGCUCGGUGAUCUGAUGCGCGUGCUGGGACUAAACCCAACGAUGGCCGAGCUGGAACAGAUGGUGUACGAAGUCGACUCGGACGGCAAUGGGCGAAUCGAGUGGGAAGAGUUUGUGGCACUGAUGAAGAACAAAUCGCGCGAACCGGUCGACGAGAAGGAGCUGUACGCCGCGUUUAAAGUGUUCGACCGCAACGGGGACGGGUUUCUGUCCGUUGACGAGCUGUCCGAUGUGAUGCAAAACUUUGGCGAGCGGUUGACGCAGCGCGAGCUCGAGGACCUACUGGCCGAGGCCGAUAUUGACGGUGAUGGGAGGAUUAACUAUGAGGAGUUCGUUUACAUGCUGAUGAAGUGAGCGGUUGGG